ACUAUAUCGAGUUCAUCGAACUUCGUCUCCGGUUCUUACCUUACGGUGUUCAUUUUCUUCGUUGGAAGGACCGCUCGAUCAUGGGGAAAACGAAGACGCUGAUGUAAAUUUCAAGGAUCCACUUCGUUCUACGUCUUAUCCUGGAUUUCAUAGACGAGUAUCCUCUCGUAGAAGAAAAAGAUGAAGAGAUCUCGAAAGAAACGGUGAACGUGAAAAGGCCGAAUUACGUGUCACUCGCACACAUCGUACAUCUCCUUUGGAAUCGUUUGAAGAUCAUACCGGAAUAUCUUUCGAGAAGAGACUCGGUAAAAAAAAAAAAAAAAAGAAAAAAAAAUAAAAAACCAAAACCAGAAAAAAAAAAUAUAUAUAUAUAUAUAUAUAUAUCCGAGGGCAAUACGAUGGUUAAACGAGAUCUGUAAGUUAUUAUUCGAAAGAAAUGAUCGUAGAUGAAAAAGAAAACAAGAGAGGUCGACGACUCUGAGGAAAAAGAUUACGUUUCGAAAAAGGUUCAAGCAAGUUGCGAGCUUAAACAUUGUGAGAGUUGCAACAUAGCGAGCGAGACCAUUUUACGAAUGAUAAAUGCGAUAAGAAGUGCCUUCCAGGAGAAUAAAUUAAUUUCUGCCGUGGCUGAAGAAAGGUAUUACUUCCGGCAGGUAUUAUAGUCCGCCGGAACCGUCGUUGACGAUCCUUUUCACAUAGGGAUCUCUUAAAAGGCGAUAUUUACGAGAAGACUCAAUGGGCCGUGAUGAGGAGACUCGCGGCGGCUAUUGAGAUGGACGUUAAGACGACUUUCGAGAUGAUGCAGAGGAAUGAUAUGAAAAGGGAGGCGAUAAAGAGGAAUUACGAGGAGAAGCUAAACUCCCUCGAAGCCGAAUUGUCGCGUAAAGGAACAGACUUUGAGCUUUUGCGAGGUGAAAAUUUUCAGCUCGAAGGUAGGAUCGAAAAUGUUACACGGAAUUUCAAUGAAUUGAAAGAAAAGAAUUUUCAAAUGGAAGAGACGAACGAGAAGCUAACCAUCGAACUCGAGGAUACACGUAUCAAAUUGGAACGUACAGCGGAGUCAUGGGACAUUUUGCAAAGUCAGAUCGUGAAACUGGCUGAGAAUAAAUUGGAACUGGAAAACAGCGUGAGAAGACUAACCGAGAAGAUCGUCGAUACUCGCGGUGCGUGUCUCGAGACAGAAAGAGCUCUUCGGAUCCUGCUGACCGAAUUGCAGAGAGAAAAUGAUUCGGUAAGUCGAUUGUAUGGUACGGUGAGGGAGAUAAAAAGGGAGUACCGUGUUAAAUUGGAGAAGUUAGAGAUAGAGUUUAAAGGUGAAAUGAAAUAUCGUGAUAUCGAAAAGGAACCUGAUACGGAUAAAACCGAGGGAUUAAACGAGGAACGAGUGUUAAUGCCUGGAGACGAUCCGAUACUGGAUAUGACGCGACAACUGAUCUCAAAUCGUCGGAAAAUCGAACAUCUUCAACGACAAAAUGAACGCCUGUCGAAGACGUUGAAUCGUUUGAGAGAGUAUCGUUUAACGACGACGACGACGACGACGACAACGACGACGACAAUGACGAUGACGAUGACGAAGACAACGAACGCGAAAAGUCUUCUCAAAUGAUCUCCUGGAUCUCUUUUCAACGUUCAAAGAUUUACAUAUUCCCCGUAAAAGAAAGAUCCUGAUAAAUCGUUCCAAGAUAUCAAAGGCACGCGAGAACGUAGCAAUGAGGCGCAAGUAAUUCAUUCAAAAGGAUCGGUUACUUCAAUAGCGUCGCUGUUCUAGUUCAUUUCUUUUCUUCUUUCUUUUUUAUUUAUUUUUUUUCCCCCCUUCUUUCUUCCUUACUCUCUUAUUUUUAAACUACGUUCGGAAACAAUAAUUAUU